UUUUCAAUCGCCCCUUCGUCAUUUAUUGCCACAAUACAAUUAUUGGACAAUCAACCGCAGAAAGUAUGUAAUUAUUCAUUGAAAAUGCACCGAGACACUCUGGCAAUUGGAAUUACUUUAGUAACUACCCAACUACCGGGACAUACCGAACGAUAAUUCUCUGUUAAAAUUGUUUCAUUGCAUAGAAAUGACUGUGUACAGUAAAUAUAUCAAUAAAGUACUUCGUGGUUAUUCCUGUCAUGAUCUCAUACAUCCCUGGUCCAGAAGUUGCGGGCAAUCUUUACUCGAUUACUUGGCAAAUUGGUCUUUCGACGGACUUAAAUUCUUUUUCCCAGCAAUAAUGAUAUCAGUGUUAAUGAAGACAAAAACCAACUAUACAAGAGCAAUUCUUAAAGGACUUUACGACAUCUUCAUGUGCACAGUAAUUGGGCAUAUUUCCUUCGCUCUUGCCAUGUCGUACUCCUGCAUUUUCUACAACAUCUUAAAGAGAUGCUACUACUCCACAACUGUGCUCAUUCCAACUUUUUUGGGCGCUCAGACCGUAAAUUUACUGCCACACAAUGCUAUCGUAGGUCACGCCAAUCCUUUCGCUUGCAUGUUUUUUGAGAUCUUCAUAAAAUUCAUCGAUUUCAAUUGGAUGAAGAAAAUGAGGAAAUCCAGAUGGUGGGGAACUUUUUGGUUCAUGUGCGGCAGUGCUGGACUUCUCCAUUUGCUGGACAAACAACGGAAAACUGGUGUCUUUUGGUUUAUCAUACCGCCGAAAAAGAACAAAUUAGUCAAUACCGAAGCUCCCAACGAGGAAGACAUCCGCAAAAUCGUCAAUCUCUGUCCUCACAGAGAGAAAUGCCUCAAUUACAUUUUCCAAGGCGUCAGAACUUAUGCCAAUUACGGAUUGAUGUUGGAAAUUCUACGGAAUAUUAUGUCGAAUUUUGGAAAGAUAAAAGCUAAUCCUGGAGAAUUUCUGUCCUACGCCACGAAGAGGAUCAACUACAAUUUAGUAACUUUCUUAAUGGCCUACGUCGGAUGCUACAGAUUGACCAGUUGCCUCUUGAACAACUUCACAAAUGGCCAUACAUCGGACUUUGUGAAUAUUGCUGCUGGAUUUAUUGGAGGACUGGCAUAUUCAAUCUGGCCCAAUUACAAUCUCUUCACUUCCUGCAUCGUUACAAUGCUCCAGGUUUACUGGCAAUAUCUCCUGUCUCAAGAAAACUGCCCUAAAAUUGUCAAGGAAAUAAACAGGCUCCCCCUUGGUGGACUUAUCUACGGAUUCUGCAUGGCAGUAGCAGUUCAAGUAAUGGUAUUCUAUCCAGACAAAACUGCCCACCUUUCCUACACUGCAAUCAACGCUAACAGUAGUGGGGCAGUAGAUGGACUCAAAUUUACUCUAACAACUCCCUUUUUCGCGGAUAAAUAAAAAAAACAACUACCAA